AGCGGCUUUCUGCGGAACAGGAGAGGGAGCUUCUCCACGCAUGGCGAGAAACUGGGCCAGUGGGAAAGCUACACUACCUCGUACACUUCGCCCGCCGUACGCCUCAGCGCAGAGACGCUUUCGACGACUUCACAGAGGGCAAGCUCACUGAGGCAGAACGGGAAGAAAUUGGUGCUAUCCUAGUCGACCCUGCAAUUCGAAACCUUCGGCUGAAGGCUGAUAACGAUACCCGCUGGCACUCGGUAUACCAUAUGAUCGAGCGCGCCCUCGUUCUCCGCGAUCCCCUCACCAAAUUCAGCGCCCGGUACAAUCGAUUAGGGGAUCUCGGCGAUGAUGCAAUCCUCUCUUCCGAGGAUUGGGCAGUUCUGACGGAGAUCAGAGCUCUGUUGGCCCCGUUCAAGUUUAUCACGAAAAAGUUUGAGGGAAGGAAGCCGAAUCUUUGUGACGUUGUCACCCACAUCUUCAGCCUCCACCGGGAUCUUAAACAUCUGCACCGAGCAUACAGCGCGGAGUUCGAACGUUCGGGAGGGUUCGAUAGCUCUGUAUUUCCGUCCAACAAUGAGCGGCCCGCGGGUCAGCUCCCGGCAUUCCCGCGCCCUGAACCGGCCACGGCACAGCGACGCCCGCGCCGGAUUCGCCGCGUGCCCGCUCGAUUUGCUGAUUACGAAGUCGACCUCCCCGGGAUCGGGCUCCGCCGCCCAGAUACCGGCUCUAGGCAGCACAACAUCCUUAUCGAGCUUGGGAAUCCUCUUCACGAUGAUCUUGAGGUGCCUUCCUUCUCGAGUCUUCAAUCUAUCCUCCAAUACGCCAUUGACAAGCUCGAGAAGUAUCUUGAGAUACUGGACGAGAACCCUGCUUAUUGGGCAGCUCUUAUUCUGCACCCCGGGCGCAGGAUGAAGUGGCAGUCGAGUCCCCGGCACGCCCGUGCACCCCGGAGCAAGUCCCUGGCUUCGGGGAUAGCUUUUACGAUGCCCCAGUUGCCGGCGGUAUUGUGGAUGAGGUUGGGGAGUACUUACGGGGACCUGUACACCCCGUUGACGACCCAAUCCAAUGGUGGUUGGCCCGGAAAGACGAGUACCCACGCCUCACGAGAAUGGCGCUCGAGAUACUUUCAAUACCUCCUUGCGCAACAGAAUGUGAGCGGACCUUCAGCCUAGCAAAGCUCGCGAUAGGGUCACAACGACAUUCCCUUGGCGACAAUACCCUAUCAGAGCUUCAAUGUGUACGAAAUUGGGCGCGUGGGGAACUAGUUGGGGGCGUUGUGGCUUGAUGACAUUCUUGGAGCCCCAUCUUGUAUCUAUUUCGGGUUCGGAAUAACUACAGUACCAUAUCCGAGCUCUUUUCUUGGCAAGUCUUCCAA